AUGGGAGCCAUCAUCGAAGACAUCGCUACCACACACCGAUCGAAAAUCGCAGAUAUGGCUUCUGUACCUCCGUCUCCUGUUACCUUUUCUGGAAGCUUGUCUUCUGGAACAUCAGCUUCAGAUCUUCUUCGAAGCUCAAGUAACGGCAUCAAUGGCAUACCCCUACGAACAUUAGGCAAAGGGCAUGUAAACACUGGGAGGAAAGGUUUAAGUAUCACUGCAAAGGUAAGGAAGGUGAAGAAACACGAUUACCCAUGGCCUCAAGAUCCUGAUCCCAACGUGAAGGGUGGAGUUCUUAGUCAUCUAUCCCCAUUCAAGCCAUUAAAGGAAAAGCCAAAACCUGUCACCUUGGAAUUUGAGAAACCUCUUAUGGAUCUACAGAAGAAAAUCAUUGAUGUGCAAAAGAUGGCUAAUGAAACUGGUUUGGACUUCAGUGAUCAAAUCAUCUCUUUAGAGAAUAAAUAUCAACAGGCUCUUAAAGAUCUCUAUACACACUUGACUCCAAUACAGCGUGUUAAUAUUGCACGACACCCUAACAGGCCAACUUUUCUUGAUCAUGUCUUCAACAUUACUGAAAAGUUUGUUGAGCUUCAUGGUGAUAGAGGUGGUUAUGAUGAUCCUGCAAUAGUAACUGGAAUUGGAACAAUAGAAAGAAGGCGAUUCAUGUUUAUUGGUCAUCAAAAGGGUAGAAAUACCAAAGAAAAUAUUCAACGUAACUUUGGAAUGCCUACACCACAUGGAUACCGAAAGGCUCUACGAAUGAUGUACUAUGCACAUCACCAUGGUUUCCCUAUUGUCACUUUUAUUGACACUCCAGGGGCAUUUGCUGACCUUAAAUCAGAGGAGUUAGGUCAGGGUGAAGCCAUUGCUCAUAAUUUAAGGACUAUGUUUGGUUUAGAGGUACCAAUCAUAUCCAUUGUGAUAGGUGAAGGUGGAUCUGGAGGUGCUUUGGCCAUUGGUUGUGCUAAUAAACUGCUAAUGCUUGAAAAUGCUGUCUUCUAUGUUGCCAGCCCUGAAGCAUGUGCAGCAAUUCUAUGGAAGACUGCCAAAGCUGCUCCAAAGGCAGCUGAGAAGCUCAAGAUCACUGCUACUGAGCUUACUAAGCUACAAAUUGCUGAUGGCAUCAUCCCUGAACCACUUGGUGGUGCUCAUGCUGAUCCACAGUGGACCUCUCAGCAAAUUAAAAAAGUCAUUCUUGAAUCAAUGGAUGAACUUCAAAAGAUGGAUACUCCACAGCUAUUAAAACAUCGAAUGCUCAAAUUUCGCAAGAUUGGUGGAUUCCAAGAAGGUCUACCCGUUGACCCAGAAAAGAAAGUCAACAUGAAACAAAAGGAAGAACCAAAACCCGGACUUAUUUCCAAUCAAGCCUUGCAGAGUGAAGUCAAUAGGCUAAAAGAGCAAAUCAUGAAAGCAAAAGAAUCAUCUUCAAUAGCUCCCGAUAUGGACCAAAAUGGCCUCAUCAAAAAGCUCGAAAGAGAAAUUGAUUAUGAAUUUUCUGAAGCUGCAAAAGCUUUAGGAAUCGAGGACAAAAUAAGUCAAAUGCGUGACAAUUUCGAUACAGAAAAAGAUUUGACUUCUGAUCAAAUCGAGAAUCUCGAGAAUCUAAAGAACGAAUUCAACGAGAAGUUAUCAACAGCUCCUAAUUACGAUAAGCUGAAAUACAAACUAAACUUGUUGAACGAAAUCAAAGAAGCGAAAACAUUUGCGGAAAAUUACAAAAAAACCCUUCCGUUGAAGACUAAAGUGAACGAGAAGUUCAAACAAGUUUUGGAAAAUCCGAUUCUGAAAAACAAAAUCGAGGGACUGAAAGCGGAGAUCGAGAAAUUGGGAGGCGAAGGUCUGGAUGAGGAUCUGAAGGAGAAGAUGAUGGAGGUAAGGGCAGAAGUGGAAACGGAAUUUUUGAAUGCUCUAGAAGCUUCGGGUGUUCAUGUGGCUUCACGGAUGGGUCAAACUUCUAUGGAGAUGGUGAAGGCGAAAGUUGAUGAACUGAAUGCGGAAAUUAAUCAGAUAAUUCAAGAUGUUAUUGAGAAUACCCCGGAAUUGAAAAGGAAAAUUGAGCUGUUGAAAUUCGAGGUGAUGAAAGACAAAAAAAAACCUAGCAAGGAAUCGAAGGAUAAGAUUAAGGAUUUGGAAAUUCAACUGAAAGAGGAGGUUGCUGAUGUCAUGACUGCUGCUGCUGUUAAAGAGAAAUAUGAACGAUUGCAGGCUGAGCUUAAGGAACUUUCUGGUGGAUCCGAUGGAAGUUUGAUCAAGGAACCCAGCUAUGUUUAAUGAAUUGGAAAAGUAAGUGAUGUUGUUUAUAUUCACAGUUGAUAAAAAUGUGUUGAAAGUGCAAUGAAUGAAUUCUUGAAGGUGGAUUAAUGAAUGUGGGAGGUUAUUUGAAGCAUACCAUUUGCAUUUGGGAGUGGGGUUAAAGAGAGGUUAUAUUUGGGGGGUAAAGACAGACCUACCUAGCUACCUUGGGUGCUUUGAAAGCUUUGAUAUUUGGUUUAGUUUUUAUUUCGUCAGACUUUUUAUUUGGAAUUUUUUUUAUAUAAAUUAAUUUCAUGGUUUAGUGUUUUUAUGUCAUUGACAGACAAAACUAGCAUGUCAUGUAAAUUUUGUUGAUCACUUGGGGAACGCCAAUAAUUUGCUCUC